UCCUCCAAUUCUAGUUUUCUUCCCUCAAUUUACUAUGGAUCCCUCUUCAAAUUUUGAUGAUGAUUAUUCUGAUCAUGAGUUGGAUAUGAUGCAAGCAAUUGCAAUGAUAUCCGAGGGAACAUCUUCUACACCUCGUCGUACUCCUCAACGUCGUAGAUUCAUCAGACGUGAUUCAUUCGAAGGUCAUCAACGCCUUUGAAAUGAUUACUUUGCUGAAACACCAAUAUAUCCGCCAUAUCUUUUUAGGAGGAGGUUUCGAAUGAGUCGUGAUCUUUUUUUACGCAUACAUGAUACAAUAGUCUCUCACGAUGAUUAUUUUGUCCAAAAGAGAGAUGCCAGUGGGAGGCUUGGAUUGUCUUCCCUUCAAAAGAUGACUGCGGCAAUUAGGAUGCUAGCAUAUGGGGUCACCGCAGAUCUAAUGGACGAGUACAUAAGAAUCGGAGAAAGCACCGCACGGCAAAGCAUGAAAAAAUUUGUUAAGGCAAUUGUCUCAAUUUUUGGGGGUGAGUAUUUGAGAUCUCCAAACAGCAGUGAUAUAGUGAGGUUACUAGAUGCCGGACAAAGACGUGGAUUUCCAGGUAUGUUGGGUAGCAUUGAUUGUAUGCAUUGGAAAUGGAAGAAUUGUCCUACUGCAUGGAAAGGUCGUGCUCCUCCGUGCAAUUAUACAAUCAAUGGUCAUGAAUAUACAAUGGGAUAUUAUCUUGCAGAUGGUAUAUAUCCUUCGUGGGCAACAUUAGUAAAAACAAUUCCAUCUCCUCAGGGAAAUAAGAAAAAACACUUUGCCGCUUGCCAAGAGUCUACAAGGAAAGAUGUCGAGCGUGCAUUUGGAGUACUCCAAGGUAGAUUUGCAAUUGUGCGUGGACCUGCGAGGUUUUUUCGUCCUGAAGUACUAAAAGAUAUUAUGUACGCAUGCAUUAUCUUACAUAAUAUGAUCGUUGAAGAAGAGCGGCAUCUAUAUCUUGGGGCUGAGCAAUUUAUUUAUGAACAAACGGAAGAGACUCCAAAUGAGCCAAUUUCGCGUGAUAAUAUACCUGAAUUCAUAGAGUUCAUUGCACAACAUCAUCGAAUUAGAGAUAGAAGCACUCAUAGUCAACUCCAGACCGACCUUAUCGAGCAUUUAUGGAAUAUUCAUGGUCGUACGUAAUUUGCAUUUAUGUUUCAAAUUUAUAAUUUAGAAUUUGAAAUUCAUGUAAUUUUUAAUUCUGCAUUCAACUUUAA